AUGGCUUCCGAAGUGCUGGCAAACGGGAGCGCCGACCCAUCCGUUGAGGGUACUGCCAUUCCCCCGGUGGUUGGAAUCAACUUCGGCAACUCAUAUGCAUCCAUUGCCGAAGGAUUGGCGGAAUGUAUUGCCAAUGAAGACGGGGAACGCCAGAUUGCUUGCACAAUUGCAUUCCAAGGAGAAGAAGUGUACAUUGGCAACCAAGCCAAACAUCAACUUGUAAAGAACUCAAAAAACACGAUCAUCGGUUUUCGUAACCUCCUGGGCAAGAAAUUUUCCGAGAUACCAUCUUCCCAAAUAUCAACGACAUCGGCGCCAGUAAUCCAGCACCCUGACAUUCUUGAUGUACCUGCGUACAAGGUUGAGGUAUUGCAGGCUGCACCAGCUCCUCUACCUUCCACAGCUUCCAAUACCCCUGCAACCUCCGUCGCCCCUACCCCUCGUUCCGAACCCAUCCCGACCGAACGUAUCCUUACUGUUUCUGAGGUCACCACCAUGUUCCUUCAGUCUCUCAUCCAGUCUGCAGAAGACUUCCUGGGCAAAAAAGUUCAAGGCGCGGCCGUUACGGUGCCACCAACAUUCACCGACGUUCAGAUUGAUGCCCUAGACAAGGCAGCGUCUGAUGCUGGAGUCAAAGUCUUGCAGUUUUUAGAAGAAGCUGGAGCUGCGGCUGCUGCCACUUCCAGUGAACAGUGGAGCUCAUCUCUUAACCCGGAUCGCACCCAACUCAUAGUCGAUCUCGGCUCGUCUUCCCUUUCUCUCUUCGUUGUCUCAAUGCGUGAAGGGCUCGCGCACCUCCUUGGUUCAUCAACCACAUCCGCCAUUGGUGGCGAUCAGAUAGACGACAAGCUCGUGUCUUUCUUCGCUGCAGACUUUACCAAAAAAACGAAAACACCACUUAAGGUUGUUCCUUCUACCGAAAAUGCCGAUAAGCGUGCUGAGGCCAAGCUGCGUCUGGCUAUCGAGCAUACAAAACGUACCUUGAGUGCAUCCCCUGGCGCUGCGACGUGUUCAGUCGAGUCACUAAAGGAGGGUCUUGACUAUACCGGCUCCAUCAACCGAAUCAGGUUCGAUAUGGUGGUACGGUCGGUGUACACUGCAGUAGCUGCUGCAAUUGAGGAGCUCUUGAAGUCCAUCGAUAUAGAUUCCUACUACAUCAACGAGAUCGUGUAUGUAGGUGGGACGACGUGUCUACCCGGUUUGAACGAACACCUCAUUACUUCCUGCGGCUUCAAUGAUCUCGUCGACACGCCGUUUUCGCUUGGAACUGUAGUUGGUGGUGGUAUCGGUGAUCCUACAACGAUCCUAGCGAGGGGUAGUGCUGUGCAGGCUGCCUUGAUCGCUUCCCUGCCUCAUGACGAAGACUAUGCGGAGAUUCGACAAGCCUUUGAGAGAGGCUCUGUCACCGAGGCUCCCGUGAUGACACGUUCUGUUGGGUUGUACUUCCCUGGCGAAGGCGAGGGAGGCAAAGGGGGAACAUGGAUGACUGUUUUGUCGAAGGACACGCCACUGCCAGCUCGCCGAAUUGCCACUCUCGAUGCUGCUCUUACCGACGAGUCGAAGAAGUUUGCGUUUGAAGUAUGGGAGAUUGAGGAAAAAGUCCGCAUAGACAAGGUGAAGCUCGAGAAACUGGAGCUUUCCGAUGAUGAAGAGGAGGAAGAGGAAGAUGAAUAUGAGGAGCAGAAGCAUCCUCAGAUGGACAAAGUCGCCUUCCUCGGCGCGAAGGAGGGUGAGGCUCUGUUAGGAAUCAAAACGAAGGGCAAUGGGCCUGAUGCUGGUAAAUGGACGACGACAUUACAAGUCGUUUUCCAAGUAUCUGAAGAGGGGGAAUUGGAGGUUUAUAUGCGUGAGAUCGGCGAGAAUGGCACACUGCUGACCCUUCGUGUUCCUCCGUCAUAA